AUGACGAGCACCUCAAAACGAGAUGAGAGACGCAUCUUUGAACACUUCGUUAUCGCUGGGCUAAAGGGAGAUGCUGAACACAUUAGCCCGACGGCGCAAGAAUGUGGUCGUCGUAAUGCAGAACAAUUGGCACCAAUCACCGAUAUUUGUGUCAUCUUUCCAACACUCGGGGAAACGGUCCCAGAAGGAUUUGAGAUAAUUGAAACGACACCGUUGGCAUAUCCAGCUGACUUGAAUCAUGGUUCUUUUCGAGCGACAUCGUGUUUCAUAUGCUUCCGCCGAGGAUACCACAAGCCACCACUUAUUGACAUUGGAGUACUUGAUCAAGGGAAAGGUGAAAAGCCAAUGGUUGAUUCGGCUACGGUUCUUACAACACCCUUUGGAAGAUCUGCAAACGUUAACAACUCAGCAAAUGGUGUUUUCCUGACAUAUCGCCGUGCUUCACCAAACAGUGCUCCAAGUCAACUGGUCGUCACACAUAUUUGUAUCAUUAUUGCUAGCAAAGGAGAGAUUCCGCCACAUACCUACUACAAAAUACCAAAGAAUUUAAACAAGGGAAUCAUUGGUUCCGAAAUCUACAUCUGCUACAAGAAGUCUCUUGGAACGGCAAAGCGACUUGCAUACAAACCAGCUAUUCUUGAUUACUUUCCCAAGAAUGACGGCGAAAACCUGGAAGAUCUUAAGCUGUUGUCAAAUGUUCCUCUAUUUUGUUUGCCGAUGGGUGCUUUAAUAGAAUGCUGGCCAAACAAAUGUCAAACACCCGAACGAUUAUACUCUACCUUUGUACUGACUGAUGAGUAUAACCGAAAAUAUUAUGGUGCUUCCGUGACUUUUUAUGAGCGCUACACGGGCGAAUUAACGGAAGAACAAUUGGACAAAUUGGGGGUGGAAGUACCCGACAAUGAGAAAGUAGUUGGAGCUGUAGAUGACACUGCAUCAACAAAUGAUCCGGCUGAACAGUUGUCAUUUCACACAAACAUCUCAAUAUGCAUUGUGUCUCGGUAUCCAUUCUUCUAUCCAUUCAAAAGGUUUUUGUUCUACAUUCAUCGAAUGUCUUUAUCGGCUUCGACAAUUCACGCGGUUCCUAUUGAGCGUUAUAUUUCACAUCUUAUGUAUGAAGUGUCGUUUCCCUCUUUGCGGAGACCUCGUGUUUUGAUGCAAUUGGGCGCUGAAAUGGUUACUUUUGAAGCACAAGAUGAACAACAACUACCACAAUAUGGAGCUGCUCUGUUUGAAGCGUUAAAGAGUCUCGGUGCUGAUAACAUGAUGUAUCUACUCGUACUGGCUUUGCUGGAGCAAAAGAUACUGAUUCAUUCAUUGAGGCCAUGGUUGCUGACUGCCGUUGCGGAGAGUGUUUGUACAUUGAUGUUUCCAUUUCAUUGGCAAUGCCCCUAUGUUCCACAAUGUCCACUAAGUCUUGCCGGAGUUCUCCACGCGCCUCUUCCAUUCAUUGCGGGAGUCGAUUCUAGAUAUUUUGACCUGUAUGAAGAUCCGCCUCAUGAUGUUACUUGUUUUGACUUGGAUACUCAGACGAUCAGUGGAAGCACGGCUCGCCAUGAAAUCAAAACCAACAUUCUCCCAAAGAAACCGAUGAAACGAUUGCGAGCAGCCCUGGAGGCGUUGAAUAAACAAAUUCAAACACAAGACUUUGCUGUGGGUCAGAUGCAGACAAAAGCUGACUAUGUGAGACCCGAUCUGGAACAACAAGUACAACUUAAGAAGAAAAUGAUCGAGAUUGGGAUUCAAGAGGCUUUUUUGAAAUUUAUGGCUUCUAUUAUGCGUGGUUAUCAAGCUUUUCUGCGACCAAUCGUCUCGGCUCCAAAAUGUAAAUCGGCAACUGAUACGGGAAACUUGUUCGAUAUUGAUGGCUUUCUGAGAACAAGAGAUAAAGAAAAGCAGGAAUUUUACAGAAGAUUUUGUUCUACUCAAUCGUUUAUUCGAUUCAUCGAAGAGCGAUCAUUUGUUUCGGACAAGUCAGCUUACAAUGCCUUCUUUGAUGAUUGUGUUGAAAAGACAAUUUUUGCAGAAGAAACGGGUACUGACAUCGGGCAACUAUUGGAAAUCGACACUUCCCUAUCAUCAAACACCGUGUUUAUUCCCCCACCGGAGCCGCUCAUCAACGUAGAAUCAGGCACAGAACGAGGAUUCCGAUAUAAUGGAUUCCCACGAACUUUGGACUUCAACCACUUCCAAAUGAACAAGUUAAACAUCGAGCAAACGAAUGACUCAAAACAGCAAAUACCGAUGGUUGAGAAGGAGAUUGGAAGGUGUGCCGCUGUUCGAACAAAACACGAAACACGAUCGUCACUUAUGAUGGCAGCCAACGGAGUGAGAACGCAAAGAUUAUCUUGGCCCAAGACAUUGCUGUUCUACGCUUACUCUCUGUGGUUCAUGCAAUUGCCAUCCAUGCUUGCCAUUUCAAAGAACAAACGGAAGACUCUACGUUUGGCUUUUCAUGUUUUAUCUCGGCUAGAAGCAACAGAAGUGAUUCCAUUGGAUCAAGUAUGUUACCGAAUUCUGAUCGAAAUGUGUGGACAAUAUGGCGAACCACAUCUUGCUGUGCGAGUAUUAUAUGCAAUGCGCCGAUCUGGACUUGAGCAGAAUGCUGUCACUUAUGGUUUAUACCAUCGAGCUGUGAUGAAUGUUGAAUGGCCAUCACCUAGUCGUGUACGAGCUGAACAGAUUUGGCAUCGCCUGAGGCUUCAAUUGCUGGGAAUGACUUAUUUCCGACACGGUAGAAAGUUUACGGGCACUAGUUCUCUUACUCCAGGAAUCGAUGCAGUAUCGGUAUCAGAUCCUGGUUAUCAUAGUGAAGCUGUGGCCACUCCAUCUUCACAUCCGCAGAUUCAAGUUCAAAUUGGAGGAGAGGAGGAUUUCGAAGAUGAGGACACUUCACAAGCGGCUCCAUUCACGAUCACAUACACGCCAUUGGACAGUCAAUCAAUUUGUUCCAGCGAACCUCAUCCACUUGAUAAUCUUCACUCUUGUAGCACUGCUUCCCCUGAUCGAAAAUUCACUCCUGAGCCAACAACCACUGACCCCCUUGGUGCUUUUCAUGUUGAAAGAGCUGAUCAUGACCGACAAAGAUCAGCUCCGCCUGAAAUUCACAUGUCUCCUGCUCGGGCGAAGUUCUUGGCUGAUCAUAGAGAAGAUUCCCUAUUCAAGGAAGAAAUCGAAAGCAAACCAGAAAAAGAAAAGAAAAGCAGUGGAUGGUGGAAAGGAAUGGCGAACAGCCCUUUGAUGAAGAUGAUCAAGAGCCAAACAACAGACCAUCUUGACAAACGCUCUUCCGCUUCUGAUGGCUCGGGUGGCUCAGAAAGUGGGGCGGCGGGUACGCUUGGUGGUUUUGUGGCCAGCCCGUCGCUUCAUAACAUUGUCUCUCAAGUAAAAAGAGGCUAUGACGAAGUUGUUAGGGAAGGAGGCGUUUCUUCGAAACUGCGCCUUGGAAUGUCUUCAAUCUACCAGGAAGUCAAGGGAAUUCAAAGAUCGACUGGCCUGCUUGGCAGUGGACAAAUCUUUGGCGGAGAAGCGGACGAUCCACAGACUGUACAAAUCAAUCAAGAGAAUUCCGUCUUUCAAUUGGACUCCGGCUCGGCAGAUACGCUGCUCCAUGAAAAGUUUUGGACUGAUGGAUUGUUUGAGAAGGAUGAAGAGACUCCAUCUACUUCAAAAAUCCUCGAUGUGACGAUGUGUGUUGCAACGCCAUGUCCUCAUUGCCACCUGAUGAUCUACGAUGAGGAUAUUAUGGCUGGAUGGAAGGUCGAAGAUCAAAAUAUGAAUACCGAGUGUCCAUACUGUCAAAUUGUGUCGACGGGUACGAAAGAACAGCCAGGUUGCUUUGCGCCGAUGUUGCACAUCAAUUUCCAAUGGAAGAACAAUUGUCGAGUGAGUUGGUAUCAGCCACAUUUGAAAGGCUCUGCGGACACAAACGAAGCAUCCAACGACCAAGAGUUACCCCCGGCACUCACUGUGGCAUUCAUUUCACCAAUUGUCCUUCGACGAGAACUUGAAACUUUGGUUGCACAGGACAUGCUCUCAUUCAAGAAUAAGUCCCUCAUGGAAAGCCAUCCGAUAGUAUUUUGGAACUUGGUCUACUUUUUGCGUCGACUCGCUUUGCCAUCUCAUCUUUUUUCGUGGAUUGGCUCCAAUGUGCACAUCAGAUGCGUUUACGAUCGACCGACUUUUCAUCCCAGUGCGCCGCCACUUUACAUCAGCAAUCAAGCAUAUUCGAAUUUGACAUUGCUAAAUUCGCAUACAUCAAGGGAGUCUUCUCGAAAACAAGUGACAACAUCUGUUGGUGAAAGCAAUAUGUUUAAGGCUAUCCAAGCUCUUGUGAAUGAAAGUCGAACGGUUGAUGAUGGAAAUGUGGUUUUGAGUGCCCAUUUCCCUAUAUUCAGGGAUAUCCAAUUCGCCUCAAUCGACGAGUACGGCCGGGCGCUUAAUCGAUGCAAUUUGGAUGACGCAUAUCAAACGGAGUUUGAUCGACUUCCACCGAGGAUCAAACCACUUCUCCCUAUCCAGGACAACCCGUCACCACUUUUGAACAGGGCCUGCAAGAUGAUAUUUGUGCCAUUGGAUCUCUUC